GAGCUCCUGGCCCACGCGGGCUCCUUCGGCCCGCCGCUCUCCGAGCAGCAGGCCCUGGACGCACUCGCAGGGCUGGACGACGACGGCGACGGCGGCGUCUCCUCCGACGAGCUCUUCGGCGCCCUCGAGGCCGGCAAGUUCUCCAAGGGCUCGAAGCCCGCGUCGAAGCCGCGCCCGAAGCAGGAGAAAGAUAAGACGAUGAAGACGGCGGAAGAUAGGAAGAAGAAGGCGACGGCUACCUCGACGACCUCAACCACCGCAGGCGUGACGACGGGCCCCGCGGCGGCCAGCGGCGUGGCCGUGUCGACGGGCAGGUGGUUCAGGGUGCAGCUGGAGCAGUGGGCUGGCUCCCUGCAGGCCGCGUGCGACGACAUGGACCUCGAGGAGGACCGGCAGCCGAGGUUCUCGGAGGGCAUGUCCUCGCUGAAGCCGCCCGUGAGCGCCCGGGACGCCGGAGCCGUCUUCUCGAGGCUGGACCUCGACGGCGACGGGCGGCUCGCGCCAGGAAAGAGUGCAACCCGGGCGGCGCCAACUUCGAAGCGGCGCUGGCGCCGAUAG